CAGGCUCUUCCUAGUCCAUACCUGAGCUGCGGUGUCAAAUGCACCGGUCUUGAGGUGUUGAAAGGUGCGUGUCUGCGGAAAUGUCGUGACUGGACUACACUUUUUAUAUUCCUAUGGAUUUCAGAUAAACUCCAAUCAACACAGUGACUUAACCUGACAGGAUGACACACUGUACCAGACUAAAGAGGCUACUUGGCUGGAUCCUGAUCCUUCUGAUUUCUGCAGUCUUUGAGUGUUCCAGUAAUUCUCCUCCAGGGAAACCUGUUUUUAAGCUAUGCCAGUCCCCUGAUAAAGAGACGUUUACCUGCUGGUGGGAGCCAGAUCCUGAUGAUGGAGAAGACACCAAAUACCGUCUCUUCUAUGAAAGAGAUCAACAGGGGAUCGUUGAGUGUGCAGACUAUCGCACAGCAGGGAAGAACUCCUGCUUCUUUGACAAGAAUCGCACCUCUGUUUGGGUAGAAUACCUUCUCACUGUGGUGGCCUUCAAUGCAUUUGGAAAUACUUCUUCUGAUGUCCUUAAGAUAGAUGUGGUGGACAUUGUAAAGGCCAAUCCACCGGAAAAUGUAACUGUACGACUGGAUCUUAGCCAGGAUAGUCCCACCAUUCAUGUCACCUGGAAUCCUUACCAUAUUAGUAGCAAUUAUGGUUGGCUCACUACCAAAUAUCAAGUCAGGUUCAGGUUCAGUCAGGAGGACACUGAAUCGAUAAUGGAUGCAGGCAUACAGACACAAUUCAAACUUUACAACGCCUCUCCAGGGAAGCAAUACAUAGUCCAGGUGCGGUGUUCAAUUGACAAUGGGCACUGGGGUGAAUGGACCAACGCCACAUACAUUCAAAUCCCAAAGGCCGAACCUAAACAACAAAGUUUCUGGAUUCUGGUUGCCUUCUUCUCAACCAUACCAUUUUUCGCAGCAUUGUGCAUAAUAUACAUCAAGAGGAAAUUUAUCAAACAGUGGCUUCUCCCCCCUGUUCCCGGACCCAAGAUAAAAGGAGUCGAUGUGCAUCUGCUCAAGAAUGGCCGGUCUGAUGAGGUCACCAAUGCUCUGCUCCAACACCCGGUCUUUCCGCCCAUGACUGUCUGGAAAAACCAGGUGGAGGAAUACCUCCCCGUGUGUGAUGACAACCUGCUGGUUGGUACAAAUGGGAUGGUAAAUUUGAACAAGUAUGACUAUGAAGCAAACGUCAAUGAGGAAUCGAAUGAGCAAAAUAAUGUGGACCACAAAGAGGAAGUACAAACACUAGACUAUUUUGGGGACAUCAGUGAGUCUGGAUUUGUCAGUGAAUUGAAUUGUGUAAAUUCAAUGGAAACAGAAAAGGCUCAGUCAAUCAAUUAUCUGAAGCCGGUGCCAGUAGAAAACAGCAGCUAUGUGGAUAUUAUCCAACAGGACAAGAGCAUUAUAGCCCAGGACUAUAGCACAAUCGCAGACAUAAGCGGGGAACACAUCAUACUGGAGAAACAAAAUAACACCUCAGACAGUAAAAACACAGACAUGAACAGACAUGAGGAGGAAAGGCUGCCUGAUGACUACACCAGGGUCAAGGAGGUCAAAGGUGACUACAUGGUGCUGCUGCAGGAUCCCUCCUGUGGAAAUAAUGGACAAUAUACAGACUGUGGCAACCACAACCCUCCACAUCCAUUGGACAAGGGGGGAGUAUGUGCAGACUUCCUCUGUAAUGAUAUGUUGACAAUAUCUCCACAAUCACCAUCAUGUAACAUGUCAUGUGAGAAAACAAAAUAUGGCCUACUUAUGUAGUAAAUUAUUAACCUUUAUGUCUUUGAGUUAACUUGUUUUGUUAUGCCUCUUGGUGGCAAACCAACAAGAACACUGUAACAGUGUUUGGUUAAAACAACGUGUGCAGUAUAAGUAUAUGUAUUAUAUUAGGGUAAAAUAAGAUUCAGGUUUUGCUGAAUAUCACACAGAAGACAAGAAAACAAGCCAAAUACAGAACAAUCAUCUUAUUUUGAAGCUUAAUUUAUUGCUAAAUCCGAUUAGUAAAAUAUAACAUUCAAAAUACACUUUCCUAGAUAUUUAACUUGUUAAUAUAUACAUUUUUUUUCAUUGAGAUUUUGUUUUGGAAUGAUCAAAGGCUUCACAUUUCAACCCAAACCUCUUCCAUAAAAAAUAAUGCAAAUGUGAUUGCAAAAGAAAACGUAACAAUUAGUUAAUGUUUCACAGAAACAAUACACAUCUAAAGCACUAGUGUAUUGAUUAUUGUCACUAGAUUUAAAGGCUCCUAAUGAAUUUACACAAAUCAAACUACAUGCAAUAAUUUGUAACAAGUCAGAUUAACUGGGAUUCAGUACAAUUUACAAUGCCUGUUUCCAAUUUAUGUCCUCAGUUUCAAAAUUUUAAUCUCCUUCACUUUUUCUAUAUUGUAUUUGAGCAAAACUCAAGGUAAUUCUCUAACUGUUGUAGAUUAAAUAACUGUUUCUAUUAUGUGCAUAUUUUGCAGUGCUCAAAAUAAAUGCUUUAACUGCUGUAGACAGUG